AUGGUUCACUCGUCGGCCUUCCAUCCGUACACCCGUCCAACGGUUCCGAAUGCGAAUCAAGUGGACGAGAGUCUCAGGUACGUAAUCCCUUCCGAGUCAGAUCAUUCGGGUCGAGCAGGUACAUGAGCAAUAAGUCUCUCUCUCUCUCCGGGAAAUUGCCCCGGGCCCUCGGAGCACAGAAAAAACGGCUCUCUUUUACUAUUUGCGGAGUGUAUGCACAUAUUAAUAUAUAUAUACUUCUCCUCCUCCUCCUUCUUCUCUUUAUUUCUUCUUCUCCAUAUAUAUUUAUCGCUGGCGACGCGCCUGCCGAACCGAAUCAUAAUCUGACGUGCUCCGUGGGGGUGAAAGAGAGAGCUCCUCCGGCACAAAAUAAUUAGAGAAACGGCGGUGGCCGUGUCACUUCUCACAUGUUUUGCGCGAGUUUUAAUUAGUUCGCAGUGACACACACACACACAUGUACAUACAAACACGCUAACAAAUUGUAAAUAGAGCGGGGAGCUGAAUAGAUUUUAAUUGGACGUACUGCAUUCGCAGAUCUAAAGUUCAGAAAAUAAAGGAAUCACUUUCAGAUUCCUGUUCAAUUCGGAGGCUCUUCUUGCUCUCGCCCAACUCCAGAACUCUUCGAAGGUGAUGUCUGUCGAGUCGCCGAAGCAGUUGUCCCCUCCGACUUCCGCUCCGAUCCUGACUCCGAACCCGGUCUCCUCGACUUCCUCCUCUUCUUCUUCUUCUUCUUCUUCUUCUUCUUCUUCUUCUUCUUCUUCUUCUGGCUCAGAGCCGCUCCAGUCGCCAACUGCCACGAUGCCCCAUGAGAAAUCGCGAAGAAAGCGGACGACGUUCUCACCGGAGCAAGCGAUGCGUCUCGAAUCGGUAUGGGAAACGAGGAAGGGAACAGAGACCUUAUAGGUUGUUCGUUUCAGGAGUACUUGGGUGACAGCUACAUGGCUCGCGAAAAGCGCCUUCUUCUCGCCCAUUCACUGAAUCUUUCUGAGAAUCAAGUGAAGACGUGGUUCCAGAACAGAAGAGCCAAGGACAAGCGGGACAGGAAGAGUGACAAGUAAGUGAGGCCACUUGUGACAAGUCCACAUCUGUCUUUUUCAGUUCCUCGUUGACCGCUCACUCGAGAAGAUCCUCCCCAUCCCGCAAGUGCUCUUCCGAUUCCACACCGACUUCAUCUUCAUCUGCCGCUGCCGCUCCGACUGCUUCGUCCUUCAUUAUCCCGCCUUCCAUCACCCAUCAAGUGCAAACUGCCACGUCACCAACCACAGUCGAAGCUCUUCUGAUGUCGACCCCUGCUUCCCCGCCCGCCAGCAUCAUUCAUAAAGUGGAACAGUUUCCCGCCCCACCGCCCCUUCCAAACCUUUUCCUCCCAAACAUUGACAACCUGAAUCUCUACCUGAAAAGUCUUCCUCCCUCGAUCCAGUCUCUGCUGGUCUCCUCGCCCUCUCCGGACUUAUUCAAUCACAAUCUCAUCGCCCCAUUCCCGCUGUCCCUCCAAUCGGCCACUAUCUGA